AUGGGUUUCCCCUUCUCCUCCAACCACUUCUUGAAAAACAUCCCUUCUUCAUACUCUCCUUGUUUUUUUUUUUCAAACUUUUACCUAAAUCUUAAUCUCCUGCCCUCAGAUUAUGAUGUCAAGCUCAACAGGAACAACCUUCAUGCACACACCUACAAGCUGACGGGAGUCGACCUCAGAAACAUCACAGAGGUAGAAGCCAAAAUUAAGGAGUCAGACUUAGACUACUCACUCCCUACCCUCUUCUUAGCUGAGUGUGUUCUAGUGUACAUGAGCACCAGCAAGUCUUCACAGCUCUUACAGUGGAUUGCAGAAAAGUUUAAGUCUGCAUUCUUCAUAAAUUAUGAAAUGGUCAAUCUUGGUGACAGAUUUGGAGAAGUUAUGGUAAGCAACUUGCGAAGCCGAGGUUGUGACCUGGCGGGGGCUCAAGCAUGCCAGAGCACAGAAACACAGAGGCAAAGAUUUCUUGAAGUUGGAUGGGCUGGAGCAGACUCUUAUGACAUGAUCAACAUAUGGGCUCGACUCCCUCCUGAGGAAAUAUCUCGUGUAAUGCAGAUUGAGUUGCUAGAUGAACAGGAACUUCUUCAACAACUGUUCACACAUUAUGCCAUCACCACUGCCUGGACUGACCACCGAUGGUCAGACAUUCAGCUGUAGUUUUUACGAACAAUUCACUAUUCCUAAAAGAUAUUAGGAGGCAAGCUGUUAUGGUAGAGAUGUAAUGUAUCAGUAAGGUAUCCAGAUAGUAUAGCCAGAUUAACAGAUAAUAUCUAUGCUUGUGACACCAGGAAGUGAUUUCAGUUAGAACAUAUUUAUGAUAUUUCUAUAAAUAGAAGUUCUGGGUAAGGACCAGGUCUUUUCUGACUAAUAUCAUCAUGUCGAAAAAACAGCUUUUGGCCUCAGAGGUUAGUUAUUAAUCAAAAAGAAAACUGGGCAUUAUGGUGAUAAAAUUAGAUUAGAUAAGCUAAAUUGUUUUUGGCAUUUAAUCCUGUUGCUGCUCAACUGGACUGACAAGGUGUGCAUAUAUAUAGCCUUUGUUAUAAGAGGAGAAUAGCUGAUAUUAUGUGAUUAGGUUCAUUAAAGAUAAUUAGUGAAUAAUAUCAUAUGAUUUCUAGACUGCUAGCAUAAUAUAUGGAAAAUUAUGAUACAGCUUAAAUGCUAUAUGCAUACCAGUUGAAAUGUUGAGCAGUAGAAUGGUUGAUGGAAACCUAACUGAAUAUUUUAAUCAGUAAGACUUCGAAAUAUUAAUGUCAUUUAAGCUGCAGCUCUUUCUCUGACAGAGUUUCACUAUUAGUUGAGAAAUUCAUUAUUCACAGCAGUAACAAAAAAUGUUCUUGUUGCAUUAUUAUACAUAUAUUUAUUCAUUAUAUAUAUUCUUUAUAUAUAUUCAUAUAAAAACAUACACACACCUAUAUACAUACAUAUGUAUAUAUUUAAGCAGCAUACUUUGGAAGGUAAACAGUCUUCCGCAGGUUCCUGUAUCCCUUGUAUAGAAAAAAAUUGCCAUUGAACCCAUCCUUGUCAACUCAGAAGGGACAAUAUUUACUACUAGGUGAUGUGUUCAUUUUCUUUUGCUUUUGUUUUUGUUUUAGGUGGUUAAUGGAUGUUUCAAUAUGUAUUCCCUUUGGUGUUGUGUACUGCUUGUUGCAGAUAUAUCAUGUGUAUAUUGAAUAAGGGUAGUGUGACAAUAAUGUUUAAGGUUAACAUAAUAAUUUUUGAACAAGAUUUUCUUCCUGCUUUUUGAAGAUUUCUUUUGUGUUGUGUGUGACUCAAGGUUAUGAAAAUAUUUUUAUGCAAUUUUCCUAUAUGUUUAAUAAUCUUUGGCUAGUAAGUGUGUUUAUACUUUUGCAUAUAAGUGAACAUUUUUACAAAUAGGACAUACAGUUUGAUAACUAGACAACAAAAAAGAAAUAGUGAUUGAUUUUAAAUAAAUAUAAAAAGAAGAAGACUGCACAUGCAAAUGUGUACAUACACACACAUAUGCACAUGAACAUGCACAUGCAAACA